GUGGCUGACUUGCCUCCAGGGCGCUAUACGAUGACGUUCUGCUGCUUAUUUAAAGAGAUUGCAUCGCAUGUGGCAAAGGUGCGGAAUCCCGAGAGCGAGGAGUGCAAAUUGGCCAUUCGCAACGGCGCUUUACAAAUCUCAGAACGGCGCACGCAAAGGUAGAUAGGGCAUACAGGUGGUCUACCCAACGUCAAAAUCAAAAUAGAAGCAGGUGAAUAACAUUUCACAUUUUCUGUGAAGAACAUUUCACAGUGUCUGUUUUUUUUAAAGAGCAGGUUAGGUUGAAAAUCAGGCACUUAGGGAUAAUUAUAGGUGCAACAUUCUAGUUCUGUGCAUAGAUUUGCUCUGCUCAUUAAGCGUUCAGAUUCUUCUCAUGACAUUUAUACGAAGCGGCGUGAACUCAAAGAUUACUAGUGUUGCACUAUAAGCGUUAUCACGUUUUGCGAUAAAGAAUGGAUUGUGUGCGGCCAACAAGAAAACGCUUCGCGCGCGGAUGACACCGAGGUCGCAUUUGACAUAUCUGUGCUGACAGAAUUGCCGCAAUGGCUCUGUUAAUAUCUUUAUUGCUACUGAACGCGUACCAAGUCCCCGUCAUGGGAGAAGCCUUGAUGCUAGUGAAAACGAAGUACGGCGACAUCGAGGGUCAAGUUAUUACGUCCCCAAGAGGGGAUCUGGUGCGUUUCCUAGGAAUACCCUACGCCAAGCCACCGAUAGGAGAGCUACGGUUUGCAGCUCCGGUGCGGAUGGACCCUUGGGAUGGCGUUCUUUCAGCCUCCGAAUUCGGUGAUAUGUGUGUCCAGGACCUGGAAGUGCGUGAUCGAAUUUUCCCCAAGAAAUAUAUAGAGAAACGCUUUCCGAGAAAUACCAUGAGUGAGGACUGUUUGACCCUCAAUAUCUACGUGCCUGGGAUAACUAUUCGCAAGGGACCGUCUGAGGACUUACUGCCUGUCAUGGUGUACAUCCACGGAGGGGCUUGGGAAUGGGGCUCAGGGAUGAAUUUUGAUGGGUCGAUAUUGGCUGUAUACCAGCAGGUGAUUGUCGUUACCUUCAACUACCGCCUGUCUCUGUUUGGUUUGUUCUCCACGGGAGACGAGGAGGCCCCGGGGAAUUAUUUCCUGCUCGAUCAGCUUGAAGCUUUACGCUGGGUACGAGAGAAUAUUGGAGCAUUCGGUGGCAACGCCUCUCUGAUCACACUUUUCGGAAACUCUGUCGGUGGUGUUUCCACUUCUCUCUUUUUGGUCAGUGGAACAGCAAGAGGAUUAUUCCAAAGGGCUAUAGUACAAAGUGGGGUACUACCGCCAAUUACGGCGGCCUUUACCUUCACCCGUAAGCAAACUGAUGUAUCAGCCGGGCACAGUACCGCCAUGGCGGCCAGAAUUGGCUGCCAUGGACCCUCCACCGCCAAGUACCUAUCGUGCUUGCGAUCCAAGACCUCUGAGCAGCUGUUAAACGCGUUCUAUGACUAUAAAGAACAUUAUGGCGUGAAUGGACACUUUUUUCAACCGUUGGCCCCUGUGCAAGAUGGAAUCUUUAUAAAAGACAGUUAUAAAGAAUUGAAUAUAAGCGCCGACGUUCCCAUAAUGCUUGGUGUUCUAAACGAUGAAUAUGCCUUUGUUCUGGCUUUAGAAAAGCAACUUUUUCAUCUUGACCACAAACUCGUUGACACAUACCUGGAUCGGCUCUCGGAAAGUAAUCCUCUUCUAAGGGAAAUCGUAAAAUUUGAAUAUCUAGGGGCGGAGGCGAAGACAACGAACGUAACCCAGAAGUGGCGAGGCGUCCUUACGGCACUCACCGACCAAGGGUUCGUGAUUUCAUGUCUCCAAGCGGCGUCCCAAUACGCACGCUUUACCGAUGUGUUCUUGUAUUUCUUGUCACAUAAGUCCGGCUUUACUCACUGGCCAAGCUACACUAAUGCAGUUCACAUGGACGAACUGUAUUAUGUUUUCGGGGACGUGUUUGACGAGACGUUAUUUGACACACCGCCCUCCGAAGAUGAGAAACAACUGAGUUUGGCCAUCAUGACAGCCUGGGGGAACUUUGCCAAGACAGGAAACCCGAAUCCAAUUAAUAUGACGUCAUCUGUGGGACACAUGACGCCUCGAGGGAAUGGUUUUCCAAUAUGGCGACGGUAUUCCAAAGAAGCACAUUACAUGGAUUUCGACCUGACGCCCUCUUUAGCUACCUCUCGUAGAAACCUCAAAGCAAGACAGUUGUAUUUUUGGACAAAGUUCAUACACAAUUUUUUAAGAGAUAUGAAAUUCUACACUCCGAGACAUUUCUUUGAAACAAAGAUGGACAACUGCCAGGGUGACAGCAUGGUGCCGGCGUGGAGCGUUCCGGGUGCGCUGUGCGCCGUAUUCUUUGUUUUAUUCGUGAUCGUACUGGUGUUAUAUCUGCGGAGCAGACGACACCCAACACUGCACACUGCCGUGAACAACACAGAGACGACCUAACGAAUGGGCAGCAUUUGGCGUCCUAUAUGGGGUUUUCUUGCCAGUCGGCUGUUUUGGAGAAAAAAAUGCGUUUUCUCCUCCUGCUCAAGAAGUACUGAGCGACCCGUCCUGCUCUUGGAUUUGUACUGUUUCAAAUAACUUAGUUUUAAAUAAAACAUGGUAAAUUUAGAGUACCAUUAUCCUGACUUUUAGGGGGAAAUAUAUGUAUCGUGUAUUUUAGGAUUUUUUAGCGUAUUAAGGGUCUAAUUUAAGAAAAAAAGUGUUGCAUGAUAUCCAAACAUGACACGAGAAAUUUAACUUUGAAGCAUUUUCAAACGCAUUUAGUGCGCAUUUAAAUGGUAGUAAAUGACAUGAAAAUAACCUCAACCAACGCGUCAUUGAUCAGAAAAUGUAUUGCCGUAAUUACCUCACGCGUACGAUGCUUAUUACAAUUAAGUGUCACCAUAAGCCUCCCAGCAAAUAUCAAUUUUGCUAACACUUUUCCAUAGCUUGGUUAUUUCUAUCUUUCUUUGGCAAUGAUUCCAUUUUGGAACUGCGUGGUUGCAGUUUUCGAUCCACAGUGACGUUAGCUAAAGUGAGAACACAAUUACUUAUGUAACGUCUCUAAUAUUUUUCUUUUCUUUUCUUUUCCUGUUAUUCAUGUACUCCAGCAGCGUGACAGGAUUAUGUUGUUAGAUAGCACUUAUUUUAUGUCGGACAAUCAGGUUAUUUUAAACUACAACUCAGACGUCAUAAGGCAUCAUAGUGAUAGAAUUUACCGUGGCGUUAUUACAUACAUACAUGCAAUUAGUUUCGUUUAUCGAACACACCCGAAAAUAAAGUCAAUGCCGGAUUCAGGACCCUUCCACAAGGGCCUGGUUGAACCUAGAGGGGACACAGAGUAGAUAAAAUUCCCCUAUUUCUUUCUUUCUUUCUCCAGUAUAAAUGCAUACAAACAGAUACAUGUAUAUCAAAGUGAAAAGGUUUGGUUAGAUUGUGUUGAUGGAAGGAAUAAUCAAAGAGCAAAUAAUGUACUGAUGAGUAGAAAUAGCGUACAAUUGUAUAUUAAUGUGUUUGUCUUGUAAAAAAAAUUAAUGGAAAUUGGAAAAAGAUUUGGAUCACCGCCCGAAUAUUGGUCUCAAGAAAUGUACGCCAUAUAGUCGUAUUAUAUAUUUAAUUGUAUUAAGUCAUGCAUAUUUAACCCCUUCUAAACUGUAUAUUCUGGUUAAGUGGAUUUAAUUGCACUAGUAUUCAUGAUGUAGUAAAUUGUAUUUAUACUGCACUUAAAUAGUUUUCAGAAAUUGUAUUUUCAGCUUGAAUUUUUUACCGCAACUGUGAACAAUCGUGCGUAUCGAAAACCUUAAAUAUUGGUAAUUAUGUGGCGUUGCUGACUGUACUUCAAAAGAAAGGUUUCCGAGAGUAAAUAAAAUCAAGAAUUGACGUUGUAUGCUGCAUGGUGUUGGUUAGAAAAUCGACCAGGGUGCAGGCUCUGUGUAAGUCUAAAUGACGUCACGGGUCGAAUGUCCGCCUGGGAAAUCUGAGCGCCAUACAAUGCCGUGACCCGGAGGGGGAAAGAUAGGUUGAAUUUUGCGUGGUUUUGAACUCUUUUCUGGUCUAACAGCCGUCAAAAUGUAACCUGUGAGGCGCAGGGCCAUAGGAACAAAAAAGAGAUCUUUCUAACCAAUCGGCAUUAAUUUUUUUCCAACUUUGAUCCUUUUUUCGGUGGUCUCGGUGUCUUCGCUAUUUGGCGGCAACAAAUUGCAGCUGUGUUCAGAUGCAUUAAGUGCAGUAGCUAAUGACAAUGUAGUCUGCAUUGUUCAUCGCAGUCUGGAAAGUGUCGGGAAAAACAGCAUCUGUGGGUCAUAUUGAUAGAUACUGAUGGAUAGACAAGGGGAUGCUGGGCCCCCGGCGAAAAUUCGUCUCAUUUAACGAUCACUUACGGUUCUCAAUCUGUCCUAGAACAUAAUGUUUUUCU